AUGUUUGUAUUAUUAUUAGUACUAUUAAUUAACGAAAUUGAAUCACCAAACAGUGCCGUUGUUGUUACUGUUGCCUAUGCUGCUACGUAUGCUGUUACCUAUGCUGCUACGUAUGCUGUUGCAUAUGCUGCUACGUAUGCUGUUACCUAUGCUGCUACGUAUGCUGUUGCCUAUGCUGCUACGUAUGCUGUUGCAUAUGCUGCUACGUAUGCUGUUGCCUAUGCUGCUACGUAUGCUGUUGCAUAUGCUGCUACGUAUGCUGUUACCUAUGCUGCUACGUAUGCUGUUGCAUAUGCUGCUACGUAUGCUGUUGCAUAUGCUGCUACGUAUGCUGUUGCCUAUGCUGCUACGUAUGCUGUUGCCUAUGCUGCUACGUAUGCUGUUGCAUAUGCUGCUACGUAUGCUGUUACCUAUGCUGCUACGUAUGCUGUUGCCUAUGCUGCUACGUAUGCUGUUGCAUAUGCUGCUACGUAUGCUGUUGCAUAUGCUGCUACGUAUACUGUUGCCUAUGCUGCUCUGCAUGUUGUUACCUAUGCUUCUACAUAUGCUAUUGCUUAUGCUGCUAUGUAUGCUGUUACCUAUGCUGUUGCCUAUGCUGCUACGCAUGCUGUUACCUUUGCUGCUAUGUAUGCUGUUACCUAUGCUGCUAUGUAUGCUGUUACCUAUGCUGCUAUGUAUGCUGUUACCAAUGCUGCUAUGUAA